AUGGCUGUUACCAUGGAAAGAGUGCAUUUGGUGCCGUCGGACGACGAUGACCUAUAUUCAGGCUACAACGAGUUCGAUCCUUCUUUAGACAUUGACGGCCUUACGCGAGACGAAGGGAUCCAGAAUGGUGCUAGAACCAGCUACGGUCGAAGACCUCCGACCAGUUCCGGUUUUCACGCUGGCAUGCCGAGCACUAGUACUGGCUUCCGCGGCCAGACGUCCGUGGUGCCUCCUUCCCGGCUGAACACAGCCGCCACCAGCUUCGCUUCGCGGCCCAUGACUGCAGUUCGUGGGGCCGGAUACAGCUCGGCCGCAGUGCAAGGUCCGGUGGGCAGCGCGUUCGAUCCUCUGGCGCAGGCCAAGACAUCGAUACCAUCGUUCGGCAGCUCGAAAGAGAGCUCUAGUCCCGAGGAGAGACUGAAGCAACUGGAAGGCGCCGUCAUGGAGCUGGUGGAGCAGAGCUCCAUUUCCGCAUCCAAGCAGCAGUACAAGCUGGCUUUGGACCAGGCCAAGGACGCCGUCGCCAAGGAGAGGAACCUGUCGCGACAGCGAGAGCAGGCAGCCUCCGAGGUUCCACCGAACCUUGACCUCAUGUACUGCGCGCUGUUCAACCUCGCCGUGCAGUACACGAACAACCAAAUGUACACCGAGGCUCUCAGCACGUACCAACUCAUCGUCAAGAACAAGGCCUUCUCCAACGCAGGUCGCUUAAAACUGAACAUGGGCAACAUCUACUUCUACCAAGGAAACUACCCUAAAGCCAUCAAGUUCUUCCGUAUGGCACUGGAUCAGGUGCCGAACACCCAUAAGGACAUGAGGUUGAAGAUCAUGAAGAACAUCGCGUUGGCCUUCGUGCGCAUGGGCCAGCUGGUGGAUGCUGUCACCUCGCUCGAGUACAUCAUGGCCGAGCGGGCAGACUUCCGCACAGCGUUGCACCUGGUCGUCUGUCAGUAUCACCUCGCCGUCGGCGCGGCAGUGGGUGGCGGAGCAGACAAGGUCCGCCGAAGCUUCCUCAAGCUGCUCGACGUGGCCCCAGAGCAGAUCGACGAGUUCGACAAGUACGAGCCGUCCCAGGGUGACCCAGCCGAGAUGCUAUACUACGAGGAGAUAAAAAAUGACUCGUUACAGCAGAUCGAGCGGGAGAGAAGACAGGAAGCCGAAUGGUGCAUCUCAACAGCCGCCAAGCUCAUCGCCCCUGUGAUCAGCAGUUCGUUUUCUGAAGGCUACGAGUGGUGUCUGGAGCAAAUCAAAUCAUCCGCUUACGCCUACAUCGCGAACGAUCUGGAAAUUUGCAAGGCUGUCGCUUACCUGAGGAAAAGGGAAUUCAAUCAGGCAAUCGAAACACUCAAGGCCUUCGAGAAAAAGGACACGAAGGUUGCCAGCACUGCCGCCACGAACCUCUCGUUCCUGUACUACUUGGUAAACCUGUCCCAAGCGGACAAGUAUGCGGACCAGGCCGUGCAAGCGGACAGAUAUAACGCAGGAGCUCUCGUGAACAAAGGCAACUGCUGCUUUGCGAACAAUGACUUGGACCGGGCGGUCGAGUACUACCGUGAGGCCUUGACCACAGAGGGCCGCUGCGUCGAGGUUUGUAUACCAAGGUGA